AUGCCAAACACAAAGACAGUCCAUGUCCCCCACCUAGGCGGCAUCGAUGCAGCCUACCAGAUGCCUCACCCCUACGACGCCUCGAAACCGACUCUGGUGCUGGUCAACAGCUUCACGACGUCGUCAGAGCUGUACCGAGAACAAUACGCAAACAAGGCAUUGACCGACAAAAUGAACCUGUUGGCCAUCGAGCUGCUCGGGCACGGUCAGACGCGCACGAAAGCCGAGAAUUUCACGUACUGGGAUACGGCGAUUAUGAAUCUGCAGGUCCUGGACGCGUUGGAGAUUCCUCAAGCAUUUGUGCUGGGCACAAGCCAGGGUGGAUGGAUUACUGUGCGCAUGGCACUGUUGGCUCCGGCGAAGAUCCAAGGAAUCAUCCCCCUCGGCACGUCUCUCGACUACGAAUCCGAGCGAACACGCACUCUCGGCUGCUGGGACGGCGUCGCAGCCUGCACGGGCCCCAUCAACAAAUGGAUCUCCAAGACGCCCACCCCUGACUUCCAACCUGAUAUCGACUACUGCGACUUCCUGAUCGACAUUGGUUUCGGCAAGGACUGUGCCUCCGAGACCCGCGAGUUCUGGCGCAAGACCAUCCAAGCGAACUACCAGGGCGACGAUGGCCGACGGAGGGCGCGGAUGGCGGCCAUCAAUCUCCGCGAACGCGAUGGUUUGCAUGGUCGAUUGUUUGAUGUCCACUGUCCUGUUAUGUGGUUACAUGGAACCGACGACGUCGUCUACUCUGUCGCCAAUGCACAAGAAGAAAUCAAAUUAUUCGUCAACAGCCCCUCGGCCGAACUGGUCGUGGUGGAUGGUGGAGCGCAUUUCCUGUCGGCGUCGCAUCCUAAGGAGGUGGAUGAUGCCUUGAUUGCAUUUGUCGGGAAACAUGCUUCCUGA